AACUAUUUCAGCCAAAAAUCAUCCAGUUUUCAAAAUACUGAACUCUCCUUGAUUGGGCCACUGUUUGUUUAGAAAAAAUAGGGUUUUUACUAUUAGAUUGUACCUCAAAAUUCUCAUCAAUGGAUACAUCUCUCUCUUUCUCUAGACUCCUCUCUUCUUCCACCACCACAUCACUCUUAUCUCCCAAAACCAAAACCCUCUCUUCCAAUUUUACCCUCCCCCUCAAACUCAACCGUUUCAACCCAAAACCUCUCCGAUUUUCCACUUCAUCCAAAAUCUCCGCCACCAUCUCCGUCGGUGACAAACUUCCCGAAUCCACCUUCUCAUACCUCGACCCCGCCGGCGAAGUCCAAACCAUAACAGUUUCCGACCUAACAAAAGGCAAAAAAGUCGUUCUCUUCGCCGUUCCAGGAGCUUUCACACCAACAUGCUCACAGAAACACUGCCAGCUUAUCAUGUGCGAUUGUUCCAGCUUAAUAGGGUGUUUUAGAUUCGUUUUUCAAAAGCUUUGCGCGCGUAAAUUGAUUCUGAUUAUGGGAAUACUAUGCGGCUUUGUUUCUAGCAAUUGGGCUGAAUCAGUCAUCCAAUUCGAUUUCGAAAUGGCAACCCAAUUUGACAUGUUGUGCGAUGUUCUUCCUGGGCAUAAUUCAUGGAAGUUCAAAGUUCGUGUCCUCCGUAUGUGGGCAAUUUCUUCUUUUAUGAAGCCUAAUGAGUUGAACUCUAUGGAAAUGGUGCUGAUAGAUGAGAAGGGAGGUAAGAUUCAUGCCUUGAUAAGGAAAGAAUUUGUUUACCUAUUCCAGAAUAAAUUAAAGGAAGGGGAAGUUUAUAAGCUAUCAAACUUUGAUGUUGUUCCAGUCGUUGGAUUUUAUCGUACAACUCUGCAUCCUUACAAAUUGAUUUUUCGAUCGAAUACCAAAGUUCAGAAUUUUGCGAGUUCUGAUAUUCCUAUUUUGGGAUUUUCUUUCACCGAUCUUGCUGAAGUGGCUAGCUACUCUGUUAACUAUGAUUACCUAAUAGGUAAUUUUGAUUUGAAGAACCUUACAAAUUUUGUAAUUUUCAUCGAUUAA